CCACUGUGUGUCCGCCAUCCGUACAUCUUCCUAGUCAGCAGAAAAUUGACCGAGCGAGCAGGUCGGAUCAAAAGAAACCCAGGCACCGCAACCGCAACCGCAACCGAAGAACCCUCUCGCGUAGCGUAGGCACAGGGUUUAAGACCUUUUCUACUUACCGCCGGCGACUGCAUCAUUUUUUCCCGCCAUGGAUACGGUGAGGCUCCGAUUUGCAUUCGACCGAGCUCUAUCCGAGUCUCUUGAGAAGACCGACGGAUUGAGACGUUUCUGGGUCCUCCUAAAACCUCAACACAGAACCAUCUCCGAUCUCUCCCAUUACCUUCUCGACGCCUUCGACCUCCACAAUGCAUGCCCCGACGGCCUUCUCCUAUCUAUGGAAGGGUUCUUUCUACCGCCAUUCGAGUCGACUAGUGUGUUGAAGGACGGAGAUAUUGUCAGGGUUAAGAAGAAGAGUGGCGAGUUUGCCAAGUUGGGUGAUGAUGCGGAAGAGAGGACUAAUUUGGGAAUGUUGGGAUUUGUGGGUAAUCGGGCUUUAGCUGCUGCUGUAGCACCCAUGAAGCUUCUGGCGAAUGAAGAAUUUGAAAAGGAAACUGGUGGCUAUGAGAGCGAUGAAUCAGUGGAGGAGGAGGAUGCUGAGCUGGAUGAUAUAUUGCAUCUGGAUGAAAAACCCCUGGAAACGAAGAAGGUUUCGAAGAAGAGGAAGGCGUCCGAGGAACCUGGGAGUUCCAAGAAGAAGAAGAGGAAGAAGAAAUCUUCUAGUGCUGAGAAAUGUGGAGUUGGUACAGCAGAUACUGAAAACAAUGUUGGUUCUCAAAAGGGCACAAAAACCUAUGUUGCUGCUGAUAAGAAGGCUAAGAAAGAUAGCAAGGCUAGGGAUGGCACUCCAAAUACCAAGAAAUCAAGUGAGCCUAAAGAUUGCUGUUCUGAUCAUGUGGAUGCAUCUUGUCCACUUUCUGAAACUAUAAAGCUCCCAAGUAGAAGUGCUCGACGUAAGAAGGCCAAGAGACAAUGGUUGAGGGAGCUACGAAGAGCUGAAAAGAAAGAAGAAGAGGAGAAGCAAUUGUCUUCAAAAUCUAACCAGAAAGCUUGUCAAAAGAAGAAUCACAAAGCAAUUGAAGAACCAGCCGACAAACAAAGCCACUCUUUGGUGGGAGAGGUUCCUACUAAGGGUGAUAGCACACAUGUUCAGGUGGAAAAUCAACAACCAGAAAAAGAUAGUAGUGAUAAAGAUGAUGAUGUUGUACCAGUAGUGAUAAGACCAGGACAUAUCCGUUUUGAGCCACUUCAGAAAGGUAGUGCUGAUCAGCCUGUCCAACAAAAUCAAACACUGCUGGAAACUUCUCAGUGGGAUGGGAUGAGCAAAAAGAAAGGUCAAAAAUGGGGAUCACAGAAAAGUGCAUCAUGGAAAUGGAAUGAUAAUGGAAUUUCCAGUAAUAAACCUUCUGAAAGAUGGAAGGAUAACACAAAUUCCAGCCACAAACCAUCUGAAACAUGGAAUCACGAUGCCAAUUCUGGCCAGAAACCUUCUGAAACACAACCAGUGGAAGAACCAACUUCUGUUUAUAAUCAGAUCGACUUCGAUAAGCUUGCAGCUUAUACGAAUUCACCCAAGGAAGGGGACGUUAUUGCUUAUCGUCUCAUUCAGCUAUCGUCGUCAUGGACACCUGAGCUCUCACCAUACUUAGUAGGGAAGAUAUCAAAGUUCGACCCUCAAACCAAUAAGAUCAAGCUGGUUGCAGUUCCGAAGUAUCCUUUGAUCCCCGAGAACAAACUAGAUGAUGAAGAAUCUGAGGGGCUUCCAGAAACUUGUUCUUUACAAGAAGAUGGCUCUCUAGAGAUGGAUUUUACUUCACUUCUGGAAGUCCGUGCUGUGAACCCUAGCAGUGCUGGGUCAGUAAAGUCCAAUCUUGUCAAUGAAGCCUCUCCAAAUGAAGUUCAAGGUACAGCAGAAAAUGGCGCAAAAAAUCACACAUCUAGUCAAGAAAAAAGAGAAGCAACGAAGAGCCCAUGGGAUGAGAUCAGCGAAGCUUUGAAUGCAAAGAAAGCAGAAUUGUCGCAUGAGGAUAAUAACUGGACGGUCACCGAGAGUUCGGGCACAAACCAAUGGAGUUUCAAGGCGCUUAGAGGCAGUGCUCUAGGGCCGACAAUGGCUCUAUUAAGAUCACAAAAUGGAAUAUGAAGCAUUUUCGUUUGUCUGCAGAAUGGAAAGGGGAAAAGGACUGCUCCAAAUUUUGUUCCAGCUGCCUUAUUUCGCAAAGGUCACAACUAUAUUAUUGUUGGCCACUGUAAAAGUUG